CACCGCUGCUCAUUCUUCAGGCGGAAGUGAGGAAGGUGGGGCGUCUUAUUCUAGCAGAAAUAAGUAGGUCCUUGAGGAGUAAGUGGGGGGAAACGUGUCUUUGUGACACUGCUGGCAAAGCUGAGGGAAUGGGCGUCUGAAGAAGCCCUCGGAAGGGACCCGUAUCGUUGUGACACCGCUGGCACUUUCUGAGGGACGCGUGUCGCUGAGGCACCGGUGCACGCCGAAGGAGCGGGUGAGAUAGUGUGACCAUGGGGAUGUGGGCAUCGGUGGACGCUAUGUGGGACUUCCCUGCGGAGAAGCGAAUCUUCGGGGCGGUGUUGCUCUUUUCCUGGACGGUGUAUCUUUGGGAGACCUUCCUAGCACAGCGGCAGAGAAGGAUAUACAAAACGACGACUCACGUACCAGCAGAGUUAGAACAGAUCAUGGACUCAGACACAUUUGAGAAAUCUCGGCUGUAUCAACUGGAUAAAAGCACCUUCAGCUUCUGGUCAGGACUCUACUCAGAAGUGGAAGGCACUUUUAUUCUUCUCUUUGGAGGAAUCCCUUACCUCUGGAGACUUUCUGGGCAGUUCUGUAGUUCUGCUGGCUUUGGACCAGAAUACGAGAUCAUUCAGUCAUUGGUGUUCCUGCUGUUGGCCACACUCUUCAGUGCACUGACUGGCUUGCCCUGGAGUCUGUAUAAUACUUUUGUAAUAGAAGAAAAGCAUGGCUUCAAUCACCAGACUUUGGAGUUUUUUAUGAAAGAUGCAAUCAAAAAAUUUAUUGUGACUCAAUGUAUUUUAUUGCCUGUGUCUGCCCUUCUGCUUUACAUUAUUAAAAUUGGAGGUGACUACUUUUUUAUAUAUGCCUGGCUGUUCACAUUAGUUGUUUCUCUGGUUCUUGUCACCAUUUAUGCUGACUAUAUUGCCCCUCUGUUUGACAAAUUCACACCUCUACCGGAGGGAGAGCUUAAGCAGGAAAUUGAAGUGAUGGCAAAGGGUAUUGGCUUCCCUCUGACUAAGGUGUAUGUUGUUGAAGGAUCUAAGCGUUCCUCCCACAGCAAUGCUUACUUUUAUGGCUUCUUCAAGAACAAGAGAAUAGUUUUGUUUGACACUCUACUAGAAGAGUACUCUGUACCAAACAAAGACAACCAGGAGGAGGCUGGCAUGGAGCCCCGCAAUGAAGGUGAAGGGGACAGUGAAGAAGUAAAAGCUAAAGUGAAAAAUAAGAAACAAGGAUGUAAAAAUGAGGAGGUACUGGCUGUGCUUGGCCAUGAACUGGGGCACUGGAAGUUGGGACACACAGUAAAAAAUAUCAUUAUUAGUCAGAUGAAUUCUUUCCUAUGUUUUUUCUUGUUUGCUGUAUUAAUUGGUCGAAGGGAACUUUUUGCCGCCUUUGGUUUUUAUGACAGCCAACCCACUCUGAUCGGACUCUUGAUCAUCUUUCAGUUUAUUUUCUCACCUUACAAUGAGGUUCUGUCUUUCUGCCUAACAGUCCUGAGCCGCAGAUUUGAAUUUCAAGCUGAUGCUUUUGCCAAGAAACUUGGGAAGGCUAAAGACUUAUAUUCUGCUUUGAUCAAGCUGAACAAAGAUAACCUGGGAUUCCCAGUUUCUGACUGGCUGUUUUCAACAUGGCACUAUUCACACCCUCCGCUUCUAGAGAGGCUUCAGGCUCUGAAAAACGCAAAACAAGACUGAGCCACUCAGGUCCCAUGACUGGAUACUCUUCUGGUUAUUUCUGUCCUGGCAGCAUGUUCCGGCUCUUGAUGUUUUUAAUUUUUUUAAGAAAAAUGAUUACGUACAUAAAAGUCCAGAUUUAAAUACAUUUACUAUCUCAUUUCAAAAAUGAUUUUAAUAAUCCAUUUCUUAAAACACUGGAUAAAAUUUUGAGGCUUAAUAUUUUUAAAGCAUAGUUUUAUCUAGUAUCUGAUUUAUCAUCAAUUUGUAAAAUGAUUUAAGGAAAUGCACAACUUGUUCUAUUUCUGCACUAUGUGGAAUCUGCACAGCGGGUUUUAGGUCGUAUGUUCAAAGGUGGAAGCAUCACCCCCAAGCACUUUUUGCAAAGCAGAAACAGAGUGGUCCCAAACCAUUGCGCUGUACCUACAUGGAAUUUGUUCUUACCUGCGUGUUGUUAUAAUUUAGCCCAGCCAAUCAGUGUUUUAAAUAAGAAAGAAAAGUAAAAAUUAGUAAGGCUAAUGCUACUGAAAUGAGUUGUUAGGCAUGCUGUACUGUUGUAGUUACAAAGCAUUCUGUUCUCUUUCUUGCCACACCAAUCAGGAAUUCCCUCCCUCCUUCCUCCUUUCCUUUUUUUUUUCCCUAACAUAAGAUCUCACUCUAGUCCUUGCUGGCCCCAAACUCAUUCUUUAGCACAAGGUGGCCGAGAACCUGUAUUAGGCCUCCUGCCUCAGUCUUCCUAAUGUUGGGAUUGCAGUUGUGAGCCGCCACAUACCGCUUAGGAGUUGUCAAUAGUGCUUGAGAUUAGAAACCUUUUAAAUCAUUGACUUUGGGUUUGCUUUUAAGAAGGUCUUAAUUUUAAACCAGGCUUGGUAGCACUUACAUUUAAUCUCAGCAACUGAGGCAGAAGCAGAUGGACCUGUGAGCUGAGGCCAAGCCUGGUCUACAUAGCAAGUUCCAGGCCAGCCAGGACUAUAUAAUGAGGGGUCUCAAAGGUGGUAGAGUAAAAGUCCAUCUCGGUUUUUACCCUUCCUUCCACCGGUCUUAUUAUGAGUAAACUAGCCUUUUCUCAUUCAUUUUUUUCCCAGUAAAUAAUAGUAUAUCCUUUUACUCAGCUGAAAUUGCCAUAUUGUAUACAUCUCCCAAUGUUAAUUAUGGUAGAAUAUUAAAAAAAAAGAGGAGAUAACAUUUGAAAAGACAUAAAGGUGAAAUAUUCAUGAUUCUCUUAUUACAGGAAAAUAUAGUUUUCUAUCUUUUUUCAAGGACAGAAGUCUCUGCUUUUAUUUUUGUAAUUUUUUAUUCACAAAUCAUAAUUAGACCAGAUUCCAUUUUUUAAAAAUUAUAAUUCUUGGUAGGCAGGCAGAUGUUUACUUGCAGAGAAAGCGUCAUAAAAGAUUUCCAGUGGGAAAAGGUAUAUGCUUGACUGCUUCAAAUGUCUGUCCACGUCCUGAGUGAGAGUCCUGCUGCGCCUGCCACUCCCAGUCACUGGUAGCGAGCGCCUCCUGGGCAUUCAGUCCACAGUGUAAUCGACUGUACACUAUGGCAUCUGCGCUCUGCUGACAAGUGACAAGGCAUCUGCGAUGCCUUCACAUGGACCAUAGUAGCGUCAGCUCACACUCAGCACUGCAUUGUUUAUUUCCUACAGCUACGCAGAACAGCCCACGGUUUCUCUCCAGCACCCUUUCCUGUGACUUCAUGCUCAGAUAACUGCCUUUCCUUCCUUCUGUGCCUUUAAAAACAUAUUUCAGUUCUGCACAAGUGAGACAUUAAAAAUUGCCAAUGCAGAUUUA